AUGAAAGUAUACUACAAAAAAAGAAAAAGUAAAAAUAGACGAAAAUGUGAUAAAAAAAAAAGUGUUGACAAUAUUAAUGAUGAUAAAAAUGUCAAAGAUAAAAGUGAAAAUGAUGCAGAAAUAAAUAAUAAUGAUGAAGGAAAAAACACAAUUAAAAAUUUAUAUCAAGAAAAUUUAGGAAAUAAUAAAUCUCAACAAUUGAACACAGAUAAAACUGAAAAGGAAAAACAAAAUGAGUAUUAUAUGUAUGAAGAAUUAAAAAUUAAUAAGGAUAUUAGAAACAAUAUAUAUUUUUAUACAUGGUUUUAUUAUUUUGAGAAUAUGAUGUUAAAACUAGAUAAUUUUUUAUGUUCACUUUUAAAUUAUUCAUAUUAUUUACUUAAUAAAGUUAAUAAUAAUAAAAGAAAUAUAUUGUUAACUAAUUCUCAUUUUAAUGUAAAAAUAAAAAAUGUGGACUAUAAUAACUGUUCUUUAAAUAUUAAUAAUUGUUCAUAUAAAAAUAUAGAACAAAUAUUUAUACAUAAAAGGAAUGUAAUAAAUAAUAAAACAGAAUCCAAAGAGCGUAACAUUAUUAAAUUUUUACAAAAACAAAAUAUUAAAAGUAUGAUUUAUAUUAAUGACUUUUUUGAUCCAGAUAAUAUGUCUAUUUUAUUUUUAGUUAAUUCAACAGACGAAAAUGAAAAUAGUAAUUAUAGUCAACGAAAUUAUUCGGAAAAGGAAUUUAUUGAUAAAAGAAUUAAUAAAUCAGAAUUCAAUGAAUAUAAUAUAUUAAAAGGGUAUGAUAUUAUUCUUUUGAGACAUUCAUUUGAAAUUUUCUAUUUUUACAAGGAAAAGAAUGAGCAUAUAAAUGAUGAUUUUAUUCGUCAAGGUAGUACUGAUAAUAUAGAAAAUGAAAAGGAUAUUAUUAAAAAUGACACAAAUGAAAAUAUGAAAACAGAUAAUCAAGCAAAAAAAGAAAGCAAAAAUCAAGAAAAAAUAUUAGAAAAAAAAAAAUUUCACACUAUGCUUACAUGGAAACGUUAUUUAAAAGAUACUUAUAUAUUAAAAGAAAAUGUUGCACUAGAUGCUUUAAAUAUAUGUUCUGGAAUGGAUGGAUAUAUAGAUGAUAAAAAUUUUAAUUUUGAUGUUUUAUUAAAUGAUGAAUAUUCGUAUUUAGUUCAAUAUAAAACAAAAAUUUCUAUUUGUAGAUUAAUAUACGCUGUUACAUCUUUAUUAAAAAAGAAAAUUAAGCCAAUUAUAUAUAUUCCCCAUUGGUGGUAUCAUGAAGUAGAAAUUUGCAAAGAUAAUAUUGUAGAAUCACCAGAAUUCCAUUUUUAUAUUUUUAAUGAAUUAAAAAAAGACGGAUUAUUAAAAGUAGGUUAUAAACAAAUAAAUUCAUUAAUAUUUACAAUGAAUGAUAAAGAUUUUGAUUUUUUUAUCAAUUUAGCAAUAAAAAAUGAUGCCAUACUUUGUACAAACAAUAAUGAUAUUAUUAAAUAUUAUUUUAAUAUUAAUGAAAAUGCCAAAGUUUCGAAAUUUAUUUCAAAAGGAACUUUUUUUGUACUUACCAACUUUCUUUGA